GGAAAAAAAGACAGCAACAGCACGCAGACAGACAGAAAAACAGGACUGUAAUCAUAACUCUGCGAGUGGAGCUGUUUCCCACACUUCACACUGUAUGCGUUACGGUUUCAUUUUCAAGUGAGAGUCUCAGGCAGAUCCUGUUGCAGCUCGUGGAAACUCGUGGUCUGAAACCAGAGCAGAGACUGUCCCCCUCGCCUCAAGACUCAAGAUUCUCUCUCCCUCUCCGGCCUCUCUCGUCUCCCUGUCAGCUGUCCCCCUCAAUCCCUCCUCAGGAUAUCCCAACAACAGCGCGCUAUGGAGACCACCGUAGGACAUCUGACUAAUACUGAAGGACAAACGGACCUCUCUGUCACAGCAGGAUUAACAAGCGAACCCCUCAAGUCUGUUCCCUUGGAAGCCACCACAGCUAUCCACGUAGGUGUUGGUGCAGAUGAUGGAUCAUUUGAUGCCAUCCUGGGAGGUGUCAUUGCUGCUGUGAUCGUGGUCCUGCUGCUCCUGAUCAUUGUGGUUCUGCGCUACAUGUACCGGCACAAGGGCACCUACCACACCAAUGAGGCGAAGGGCACCGAGUUUGCUGAGACAGCCGACGUGGCACUAAAGAGCGACCCCGCCCUGCAGGAGGCAGUGGAUGACAGCAAAAAAGAGUACUUCAUCUGAGGCGGCACAUCCCCACACAGUGUCUGAACUGGAGACCAAGAACCAAUCCGAAUCAUAGUCAAAUGAGUCCCUAACCUGCCAUUGACGGAGGUCAAGAAGUCUUUUCUUGAACUUUUACUUUUUCCUUCCUUGUAUAGUCAUGCCCUCAAGAUGUCUCCCUUGACACAUUUAAAAUUGUUAAAGGAAAAGACAUGCAACGCCUGUUCUUAACCUGUCACAGAUUUUGUGUUUUGCUGCAAGCCUUACAUCUCCUGGUUGUUCAUGCACCUUUUUUUUCUCAGCAUAAAAAUUUGUCCUUGAGUAAGAAACCAUCUUACUUUGGGAUAAUCAUGGCUAGACGAGCCAAUCUCUCCUGCUCAGAAAAUUCCACCAAUGGCUUACAAUACCUGCCAGAGAUAUUGUCAAUAGGAAAAAGGUACAUCUAUUACAGGAUAUGCAAUAUGUGAGAUUUCUGACUGUGAAGUGUAACAAAGGGAUUUUUUUUUUUUUUUCAAAAAAGUCUGCUUCAAAGUCACUGUAUCAUGUCAUUAGGCAGAUUCAUUUUCAGUCUGAAUAACUUUGCCUCUUACUCACCAAAUCCUGCAGCACCAAAAUAUGCAUCAGAAGAGAUUCUGCACUUUGUAAUAAAUGCAUCACUACUCUCGAGGGCAGAAAGAAAUGGAAGAAAAAUAUAAUUAUACACAAAAGACAAUGUCAAGUCACCAAAAAGCCUAGCAUACACAUAUUCAAUGUGAUUCAUGUUUGAGAAACUGCUCCUUGCAAAUGUUAACGAUGGCACCUUCUUCAAUCCAGUACCGCACUCAAUUCAGGUUAUUGAAUUGAAUGUGGUACUGAGUUAAGGGUGUGCCUAAUCUUAAAUGUUGGUAACCAACUUGAAGAGACCUUUGCUCUUAAUGGUAGUAUGUCAAAUAAAAGACAGUUUUGCCUGACUCAGUGGAAUAAAAGUAACCUACACUGUGAUCUUACAUCAGGCCCCAUGCCCUUAUAGGAGCAUACCAGUGCACUGCAGAGUUGUUUUUCGUGUAUCAUUAUACCUGUUCUGUGAUGUAUAGCACUGCCUUUGUUGAAAUACCGUUUGUUAGUCAUGUUAUUUAGUGGAAUAGUGGGUUAACUAAUACUACUCUUUUGUGUAUAGAGUGUUUUUUUGAAUUCAUACACCUCAAUUCAGGCAUGUUGGGUGGUUAAAUAUGUAUUUUGACAUGCAAAGGCUGGUAAGUGGAAUGUUCUUACAUCUGGUUUAUGUCAAAUCAGCCACUGAAUGACCACAAUUUAAGCCUGGAAGCAUGGAUAUUUCUCUAGUUUCUCUCAGCAGGAACAUGAGAAUGGAGAAUUCUCUGGAUGUGUAAUGUGUUUUUACAGUGUGAGUCAUGGCUUGUUCUCCCCCAGUUUGGUGUACUCAAUGGAGGCUAUGUUUCUAAGCCUGAGGGGUAUAUCUUAAGAUUUGCUAAAAUACUAAAGCAUUUUGUUCAAAGUCAUAAUCACAUUUAUGCUAUCAAAAUUAUUCCCUAGUAGUUAUGCUUUU